AUGUUAGACGAUACCAAGACGCUCCGGGGCAUUGUCGUGACUUGGACGCUGCGCUUCAACGAUGUGCUGGAUGCGGACAAGCUCCACAGCUCGCUCUCGGAGCUUUUGGAGAUUGGGGAUUGGAGGAAGAUGGGGGGUCGCAUGAGGAUGAAUGAGAGCGGUGCCCUGGAGAUCCACGCUCCGCGGUCGUUCACUGCCGAACGUCCUGCGGUGGCAUACAGUCAGGAAACCCUCGCAGUUAAUAUCGAAAAACACGAGCUGGCGAGGGCACUCCCAAAAGCUACCGACAACGAUUUCAUCUACCACGACGUCCCGCAGCUGUCGCUGCACAUCACCCUAUUCAACGACGCGACUCUCGUCCCCCUCUCAUGGCCCCAUACGCUCAUGGACGUCAUGGGCCAACAGGGCCUGUUGCGCGGCUGGUCCAUGGUGUUGGCCGGCCGGGUGUCCGAUGUACCGCCUGUUCUAGGUGCUCGAGAGGACGCCAUCCGUGCAGCUGUAGAUGCACCAGUGGAGGCCAAGGAGAACUUCAAGGUCGGACAGAAAGCUUUGAAAGGAUGCGGUUUCGCCGCAUUUGGGCUGCGAUUUGCCUGGGACAUGAUGCGUGACCCCGUCCCUGAGUCGCGCACCAUUUUCCUGCCUAGCAGGACUGUCGCCGAAUUGCGUCGUCAGGCGGAGAACGACCUCGUACUAGGGGCAGACGACGAAAAGCCCUUUGUCAACAAUGGAGAUCUGCCCGCAGCAUGGGUGGCGCGUGCAUUGACAUCGUCGUUGCCACAACCUCGGCCGGUGACUGUCCUCCAUGCCCUCAACGCUCGAUUCAGACUAUCAUCGCUGGUCAAUUCUGCCGGUGUCUACAUUCAGAACAUGGCAGUGGCAGCCUCUGCAUUCCUACCUGAGGAUAGUCAUACGAAGCUUCUGGGGCACGUCGCCUUGGAGAAUCGGCAGCAUCUAAUGGAGCAAGCGACUGAAGGCCAGGUCCUCGCCUUCGCUCGCGAGCUCCAACAGAACACAAAGACAGGCGGCGACCCCAAUAUCUUGUGCGGUCCUUCCGAUGCCGUGCUGCUGCCCUUUACUAACUGGGAGCGGGCCAACAUCUUCAACGCGAAGGACUUUAGCCCUGCGGUUGUGCAUGCAGACCGCGGCGGGAAUUACUGGCUCAAUGGAAUUCUGCUGCCAUCGACUUGGCUCAAGAUUAGGGAGGAGAUUGAGAGGAUGAGAGGGGCCUACCAUGAUCAAUUGGUAUCACAAGCUGCGAAGAAGAUAGUCAGAGCUAGGAUGAUGGCCGAGAAGUUCCUCCAACAUCUCCAUCUCGUCUCUGCUUCCGCCAUACUCUAG